CCUAUGGCGUACUUUUUAGUAUGUUUGGUGUGUUUUUCUUGUGUUUUUAGUGCAUUUUCCUGGGAUUUUAGAGGGGCUAUUAUUAGGUUGAGAUAGGGGUAUGUUUGAAAAUUGAUCCAGUUAAAUAAUCCAAGGGUUCAUAUUUAGUCAAGAAUGUUGAAUUUUUCAGAUUGUCCUGGAAUAUUCGGAUUUUCACUGACUUAAUAAUGUUUAUCAACCAAAAUUAGGCGACAUCGCCACAUGGGGCUGGGCCGGGUAAAAUUUAAGAAAAAUAAGGGAAAAAGGAUAAGGAAAUAAGGCCCGGGAUGGGCCAAACUGGGCUGGGCCGGACUGUCUUGACUUGGCCCAUGGCCGGCCUUUGGGCCACAUUUUGUGGCUCAUGCCCUGGGCCUGGUUGGGCCACCCUGCCCAUUGCCAUCCCUACCCAAUUUCAUAGUCAACUCCAUUAAUGAAAAAAAAAAAAAACCAAUUUCACUUGUAAAAGAUGUCACCACCGACAUUCAUUGACUUUUAAUAUUCUAUUAGGCAUUAAGAAUGAAAGUCAAUGACUGUCUACCAAAUUGGUGCUUAAGUGUAGGCAGUAAUCUUUUAAGAGGUUAAUUGUUGCUUAAAUAUAUGUGCAGGUAGCACCUGUUGAACUGGUCAUACCUAUAGAAAAUAUAAAUGGAAAACAUAGACAAUCAAAAGAAAAUUGUGAAGUGGAAGCUGUGUACUUAAUUGAUUGGUCCAAGCAACAAAAUUGGGUGAAGUGCUAGUUUUUCAAGGGUCAUUAAAUUUUCUAUCUACCUAAUUUUCCUUACUGAUAUAAUUCAGCAUUGCCGCCACUGUGGGGCAGAAAGGUGGAGGACAUAAGAAGCUCUCAGGCCAAACAACAAAUAAUUGAGAGAGACGGAUAGAGAGAUGGCUGAUCCUAUUGUAACGUUUUUGCUGAGAAAACUGGGCGAAAUGCUCAAGGAUGAAGUGACACUUCGUUUGGGUGUGCAAGGUGAUGUUAGAUGGAUCAGAGAGGAGCUCCAAAGCAUGAAAGCAUUCCUAAAUUAUGCUGAUACAAUCUGGUCUUACUUAUUUGCCUCAUUAAGGCUGAUAAUUCGGCAUCAAGCUGCAAUUGAGAUGCAAUAUUUUAGAGUGCGUGCUCGUGAGAUUGCCGAGAGAAGGGAGAGGCUUGGCAUUAGAAGGGAAGACGAAGCGAGUUCCUCAAAUGCCAUGGAUACAAGAAAGGCGUAUCCACAAUUCCUUCCCUUUACGGCCGGGGAAGCGCAUAUCAUUGGAAUCAAGGGUAAAGUAGAAUUUGUUGAGCGAUGGUUACUGGAUGGAGAGCCACAACUAAAGGUAAUCUCCAUUGUUGGCAUGGGUAGGUUAGGGAAGACUACUAUUGCAGAAACAAUAAUGGUAGGCACAAUGUCAAGGAAUUUUGAAUGUUGUGCUUGGGUCACUGUGUCACAAUCAUUCACAAUCAAAAGAAUUUUAACUAGCAUCUACUGGUUUCCAGGUGCUAAUGAUAGAAAGAUACCAAAAUUUCUAGAGGACAUGGAUGUUAGUGCUCUGCGAGAAAAGCUCCAAGGGUAUUUACAAGAUAAGAGAUUUCUCGUGGUUUUGGACGAUGUGUGGAGUGAAGAUGUGUGGACAGGGAUCUGCACUUCUUUCCCUAAUUCAGGGAAUGGGAGUCGAUUAAUAUUCACGACUCGCAUUGGAGAAGUAGCUUCACCGGUGCAUGUAAGAUGCCAUGUUUAUACCCUUAAUUUUCUUUCAAAAGAAGAUGCAUGGUCCCUCUUUUGCAAGAACGCAUUCUGGAAGGAAUUUGGGAAUGCAUGUCCUCAAGAAUUAGAGGAGAAAGCAAGUCUCAUAGUUAAGGAAUGUGGUGGUCUACCGCUCGCGAUUGUGGCUAUCGGGGGUAUGGUAUCCAAAAAGAUGAAAACACAAAUUGAAUGGGCAAAGGUUCGCCGUAGUCUAAAGUGGGAGUUGAACAAUUGUUACAAGGAUUUGCCAGCUCUUCUAAAGUACUGUUUCUUAUAUUGUUGCUUAUUUCCGGAAGAUUACGUUAUUCCCCGUUCGAAACUUCUUAGGGCAUGGAUUGCUGAGGGGUUUAUAGAAAGAAGGGAAGGAAUCACAGACAAGGAGGUAGCAGAGGACUACUUUAAAGAGCUGCUUGAUCGGAAUUUGAUUCAUGUGGCUAAAAUUGGUAAAAGUGGGCAAGUCAAAGCAUGUCGGGUGCAUGGCGUAGUGCGCACACUUAGCAUUUUUUUAUCAAAAAGAGAGAAUUUUGGGGUAUUCAAUGAUGGGCAUAUGCAAAAGUUUGAGAUGGAUACUCAGCGUGUCUCUGUCAAGGACAAUCUUUCAGGUUUUCGUAGAGAUUAAAAAAUGUCUCAUCUUAGGACACUACCUCCUUCAAUAUCUAUGAUGGUUCAGUACCCCGGUCAUUUAUGCAUCGCCUGUUAUCUAGCUCAAGAUUUUUGAGGGUGUUAGACCUUCAUGGCAUAAGUGUCAAAUCCCUACCAGAAGCAGUGGGGCACCUCAUUCAUCUUAGGUACAUCACAUUAAAUACAGUGGAGCAGGUUCCAAGGUCUCUGGAAAAAUUAAGUAGCCUACAAACUCUACAAAUCACAUAUCUCGAAGGAUCUUUACCAAGUGGGUUUUCAAAGACGCAAAGUUUGAGGUGUUUGAGUGUAUCGCAUACAAGCUUAAAAGUUCCCAAUAAAAUGGGGGACUUAAUGAGCCUCCAGAAAUUGAAAGGUGUAUGGGCUGAUUCAAAGUUCAUUGGAUACCUGGUCAACUUGACCCAAUUUCAAACAUUAGUAAUUAGAAUUGAAAAGAGUGAAGAUGGGAGAGCAUUGUGCAGAUCAAUCCAAAGGAUGCUUCACUCCUUUCCUUAUACGUAUUCACCCCUGGUUAUUGUUGCACUCUCCAAGAAAUGAGCACAUUAUUAUCGCCACCCCAAACAGCUCUUCAAAAACUGCGUCUUCAUGGGCUGUUAAAGAAGCUACCAAGUUGUAUUAAUUCUUCUCUUUCGUCCCUCACUGUGCUGGGAUUGAAUGGUUCCUGGCUAAAGGAAGAUCCAUUUGUUAUCCUUCAAACUUGCCCAAUGUCAUGCAUCUCUCUCUUUCUGGUGCACACACAGGUAAGCAAAUAGGAAAAUGCAGUGCAAUGGGCUUUCCUAAGCUUCAAUUUCUCCUUCUCUCUCGUUUAAAAGAAGUGGAAACAUGGAGGAAA